AUGGAAGAGACCAUCAGGGAAGAGCUCGGCGAAGACCUCGUUGUGCGACCAGAAUUCCGAGUCAUUAAUGACUUGCUUCAGAAUCCCGAUGUUUCACCCACUGAGGCAGUCCAACGGCUUCUGCGGGUACGAGAGAACCUACACCAUGGACAAGAACCCCCGUCUGAAAUUGAUGGCAACCACACAUGGUUCACCAUGCUCCUGCUCGUAGAGAUCAUAAAUCUCACCCCACCUGCAAAGCAGCGCAAGCUCGUUGAAUUUAUUGCUGAGCUCCAACGUGUUGACCUUACCGAUCCUGAUACCGGCCAGUCGCCCACGGCGAUCGAGCUGAAACUAUGGACGGAGCUUCCAUACCUCGAACUAUACUUGGCUGAUAUGUAUGGAUUCAGAUUCAAGCCUGAAUAUGCCCGGCAGGUCGAUGAGGAUCCCCAGACGGAGUAUCCUCCAAGAAAACUUCAGGAGUGGGAGAACCGCAACGCUUUUAUGGCGCAGCUUACUGCAAAAGCAGAGCAUCUCCGCCAUCCCAUGGAUGUAUCGCUGUACGCUCUGUACUCCUGCCGAUCGGCAUUCGAGGAAGGGCCGCUGAUAGAGGAAGCGGUGCGCACUGCAUGUAUCUGGUAUAUCCAUGCCGGCCAGCGUGUGUGGGAGAAUUGCCAAAUCGGACGGGAAUAUGGAGAUGAUGAUGAUCCGCCUCCACGCCGGCGCUUUAAUAUGGAAAAAUGGCGCAUUUGGAAAGAUGGACUGAAGGCGGCACAACUGGAAUUUCCCAGGGAAAGUACGCAGGAGAUGAUACGGAAGGCGUUGGAAAACAUUGAGAAAGCGGAGCGGGAAGAGUGA